GCAGUUUUCAGCCCCGACCAACCCAAGGCGUCUUUGUUGUAAUGUGUGACCGGAGGAGGCGGGAGCUCAAGACCAGCGCGUUCUCCUUGCAUCUGGGGUCGUGGCCUUGCUCCCGCUGUGCAGGGAAAUCAUCCCGGCGCCUCCACGCGCGUGUGUGCGCGGGGGCUCUGAGGCGCUCGUAGGUCUGCACUAGGUCCCUGCGGGGGCAGGAGCGGGAGCCAUGGGCGGGACCUCCAGCACCCGUCGGGUCACCUUUGAGGCGGACGAGAAUGAGAACAUCACCGUGGUGAAGGGCAUCCGGCUUUCGGAAAAUGUGAUUGAUCGAAUGAAGGAAUCCUCUCCAUCUGGUUCGAAGUCUCCUCGGUAUUCUGGUGUUUAUGGUGCCUCAGUUUCUGAUGAAGAAUUGAAAAGAAGAGUAGCUGAGGAGCUGGCGUUGGAGCAAGCAAAGAAAGAAGCUGAAAAUCAGAAGCGACUGAAGCAAGGCAAAGAGCUGGACCGAGAGAGGGCAGCUGCCAACGAGCAGUUAACCAAGGCUAUCCUUCGAGAGAGGAUAUCAAGCGAGGAAGAACGCGCUAAGGCAAAGCACCUGGCUAAGCAGCUGGAAGAGAAAGACCGAGUGCUAAAGAAGCAGGAUGCAUUCUACAAAGAGCAGCUGGCUAGACUGGAGGAGAGGAGCUCGGAGUUUUACAAAGUCACCACUGAGCAAUAUCAGAAAGCUGCUGAGGAGGUGGAAGCAAAGUUCAAGCGGUAUGAGUCUCAUCCCAUCUGUGCUGACCUGCAGGCCAAGAUUCUCCAGUGCUACCGCGACAACGCCCACCAGACCCUCAAGUGCUCCGCCCUGGCCAGCCAGUACAUGCACUGUGUCAAUCAUGCCAAAGAGGUGGGUGUGCCAGCCAGGCCGGCAGGGCAGCAGGAGAAUAGAGAGCCUGACGUCAUGGGGCAGUGAGCACGCUUGAGAAGGGAGGAUAAAAACUCUGAGAACAUAGAAAACACCUUCAACGUUAAUUCCAGAGGUGGAACGUUUUUUUCCUAGUAAGAUAAUAACCCAUUUAAAGAGAAGACCACUAAAGAGAAGACCACUAAAGAGAAACACUGAAGAAGGGAUUCGACAGCAUCAUGUCACGUUUUGAUUAGCAACAAUUUGAAAAGCCGAGGCCUAGGUCAGGGAUCAGUCAUCAAAGAACACCCUUCAGUAUUAUAAACCCCCUUCAUGAUGAUUAAAAGAGAAAGGCAGCCCUCGCCACCUUUUUGUACUUUCUGUUCCACUUCUACUGACCAAAAAGCGUUCCUGUUCUAACCAAGCCCCGUCAUUUGGCGAACCCCGACUCUAGCAGAGUGGGGUGGGCUGCUGAGUUAAUUGGCGUGGAGGGAGAAGACAGCCCGAAACACACGGAUCUCGGGGCAGUAACACCGGGUAGAAUUGCCUAGGCUGUGGCAUGUUGGUUUUCUGUCGUUUUCUUUUCUCCUUUGAUUAUAUAAGAGCUAUUUCAUUUUAACUUAUUAUGGUGAUCAUGCAAGUAAGAAGACAAAAGGAGAGAAAAUAUACCUCUUUUACUGGAAUAAUGUUUGUGAUUACAAGUGAAAUAAGGUAUUUUUAUCAAUAUAAAGGCAACCUUGGCUUAUACAACCUCUGUCGUCAAUGCUGACAUCUUUACUUCACUCACUAUCAAUAAUAAAUAUAUUUUCUGACAAAGA